AUGGCUUCGCGUUUCCAGGCGACAACACUGGUGGAUUCACCAUCGUACCCUAACUCCAUCGCCUGGUCCGACGAGAACCUGAUUGCCGUUGCAUCCGGUUACCUCGUCACUAUUCUGGAAAAGAAAAAAAAAAGAGAUGAGUGCUUCAAGAACAGUGUUUUGUUGCUUAGAACUAAAAUUGAUCGAGGCCUGAUCAGUAUUCCCAAGACUGAACCUUACCCCAUUGGAGUGGUAAAAAGAGAAGAUCUAGCAUCUGGCUGUUUGUUACCGACUACUUUAAGUCGGGAUCCUCGUCCUUAUGUUCGAUCAAUUUCAUGGUCUCAUCUUGGAAUGGCUCCCAACUCUGGGUGCUUGCUGGCUGUUUGCACCACAGAAGGGCGUGUAAAGCUCUAUCGUCCUCCCUUUUGUGAUUUCGGUGCUGAUUGGAUAGAGGUUUUGGAUAUAACUGAUAGGCUUUAUGAUUAUCUUGCAAGUACUAGUUUUGAGGAUCCAGAUAUUCCUCCCUCAGAAAUUUAUAAUGUAAGUCCUUUCUUUUAUCCUAGCAUUGGAGAGGGAGAGGGUCCUCCCAAGAGUAGGUGCAUGGAAUCUGAAGGGCGAAAAAGUUCACAUCAGACAGUUCCUGCUAUCCAAACUAGAGGGAGAACUGACAAUAAAAGGCCUGAAGUUUGUAGCCUACCUUUGAUAACUGCAGAUCAAUAUGCUUCGCGUAGUGCAAUGCUAUCAUCACUUGUUGUUGCCUGGUCUCCUCUGCUUAAAUUAUCAUUUGAAAUUUGUUGGGCUCCUGAAAAUAAUUCAUCCAACUGCUUCUCUCUUCUAGCGUUCCUGGGUCACCACGAUAAGUGGGCCUUGCUUGCUUCUGAAUCUUCUAGUCCUCAAGUUUUAUUAGCUACUGGGAGUUCUAACGGGAGUGUAAGGAUAUGGAUUACAAAUAUUUAUGCUGUCCCAGUCUCGGUGCUUUCACUUAUGCCCACUCAGUCGCUUGAUAAAAUGCUCUUAGCGGUGGGCAGAACAUCUGGAGCUUUUGAAGUAUGGAUAGGAGAUACAUCUGUAAAAAAGUUUAAUAAAGCUGGACAAUAUGAUGCUCAUGACCAAGUUGUUACUGUAUUAGCUUGGGCUUUCGCUGGAUGUUCCUUGUACAGCUGCAGCAAGGAUAAUUUUGUUCGUAGCUGGAAUUUACAUGGGAGUUCCCUGAGUGAAGUGCCCAUUCCCUCAAGUUCUCCUGGGAUGAGGAGUUUCAGUGAUAUACCGGAUGUGUUUAUUUCAUGCCUCGGACUGGUGGUGUCACCAAGUAAUCUUGCAGUUGCUAUGGUUCGCAGUUUUGAUGUUAAUCAGUUGGACCAAAUGUGUGAGGCUAGGCUUCAGAAGGCUGUCGUCGAAUUCUUUUGGAUCGGUGGGCAACAAAAGGAUAAUUUAUCAAGUAAUUCCCUGGAGUUUGACAUUGAAGCCUUCCCUUGUUUUACUGAAAAAGAACUGGUUUAUUGGGAGUCCAAUUUUUUGUGGUCUUUAAAACAAUAUGAACAUUGUGAUAAGCCUUUGGUUAUUUGGGAUAUUGUAGCAGCAUUAUCGGCCUUCAAGCAGUCUGCACCCACUUUUGUUGACCAUGUUUUGGUUAAGUGGCUUUCAAUCUCAUUUGUGGAUGUGCAUGUGGAAAAUUCUAUUGGGAAGAUUCUGCAACACAUCUGUAAAAGUUUUCGUAAAGCUGCUUCACGCCAGUUGCACCUCCUUAACAUUAUUUGCAGACGGGUAAUACUAUCAGAGCUGAAAGCGGAUGAAACAAAUAACGACUCAUUGAACUUGCGAGUAGAUGAUGCUAGUUUUACUCGAGAUAAGCUACUUAAUUUAUGGAUGGAAUUACUUUCAAGCAGUGAAACAGAAAUACGAGAGAGGCUUGCCGGUUUAAGUAUUUCCGCCUAUAAACGUCUUGCAUCCAGUUCAUCCACCUCUGAGCCUGGACAUUGGUAUCCUCUUGGUAUAGCACAAAUGGAGCAGUGGGAUGCAAAUAAUAAUCGUCACAUACACAAGCAACAAAAAGCUGUGGCAACAAAGAUUAAAACCCAUAAAAGGUCACGACGCGGAAAACUUGAAGAAGUAAAGGAGCAAUGUGGCCAUUGUUCGGCAUCGGUUCCUUUUGAUUCCCCGGAAUUUGCCUUGGUUGGGAAAGCAAUGACAGCAAUGGUCAGAAGCAUAAGUUAGCAAGGUGUGCUGUUU